AUGAGGAUAUUCCUGGUAGCCUGGCUUAUAUGCCAAAUAGAAGCCGUUGACGAUUUUAUUGGCUCUCAAAAAUCAUAUAACAGACAAAUUUUCGUCGAGGCAGCAUCGUAUCCUUCGUCGUUUAAGCGGAUUCUUCGCAGUUCCCAGACAUUCCCAGCUUAUAACAGACCCUUACGAUCAAGGGUAUUUAGAAAUGUUCAACAUAUAGCUUCAUUUAGCAGCGAUGAGCCUAGAUUAUAUAGAGCGUCAGGACGUUUCACAAAGAGAGCACAAGCUGUACCUACUCAUGAGUUGGCUAUUCAAAAGCCAGAAUCAGUCCAAAUAGUUUCGUAUAACUACGAAGGAGAUAAACACCAUGUAAAUAAGUUAUUAGAAGAUAACAUGACUAUGCCUGAGGCAUCUGAGAUGGCUAGAGGUAUGGAAAGGACAACCGUCGCUGUAAAAACUGAAGAUGUCAUAAUACAAAGAACAACUCCUAUCCCCAUCCAGACAACACCAACUAUCUUCAAAGCUCCACCUGUUGUUUCUUCAAUCACUGAUGAAAAGCAUGAAUUCAAGCAACCACCUCCAGCAUUUGUUCAGAGGAAUCUGCUCACUCGACCUGGACCAUCUCCAACAAGAACAUUCUCUCAAACAGUUGUAGGACAAGCUACUAAUAAUCAAGGAUCUGCCAUUCCUAGUAGAAUCAACAUGGGUGGAAUCGGUGGAAUUCCACCAUUAGCUCCUCCACAACCUUCACCACUGCAACAAGCUGGACAGCUUUUCUUGCCUGUUCCACAAAUUAACUCACCUUCUGAAGUUAAAGAUAUUAACAGUCAAUCGGCUUUACCUCCACAGUUGCCACCGCCCAUUCAGCCAUUACCGGCACUCCCAAAUUUGGCGCCUCCCAUGCUGCCUCCUCCGGUUCCACCUAAUCUUCCGAACAACUUAGUUCCGAAUAAUCUUGCUAAUGGUAUUGGUUCUCCAAUCACUUCACCUAUGGCGCCACCGCCACCUCCUCCUCCACCUCCACAUUUACCAGAAAACCGGUUUGAGGUUAUUAAUGGUCAAGCAGCUAAUUCAUCUCUGGAACAGCUAGGAUGUAGCUUUGAUUGGUUAACAAACUCAUGCAAAGAUUUGUUUGCACUCGGAUGGUGUGGACGAUGUCAUGAUUUCGGAAAUAUCUUCCUGCACGACUGUAAAUGUAUUCACCCGUUAGUACCUGUACCUCAGCGCCAACAAUCACCUCGACCAGCCUUAUUCUGGCUAUUUAAUUAA